AUGUCUGGUGGCCCAGCCAGGAAGACUCCAAGAGCUGAGGGCCGGGACCGCUGGGCUCCUCCAUUGUCUCUCCAUGUGGGCCAGUUACUGACCAUAGUACAAGCUGCUACUCCACUGGGCACGCCUGCCUGCCUACGCCACCACAAGGACUCUGGAGCCCUCAGGACCAAACCUGGGAAGCUGGUGGAGCCCAGGAUCACUAGCAACCUGUCUUUUGGAAGAAGGAAUAUAUUUUGGAGAGAGACCUUUUCCAGUUAUAUCAGUAUUCAUAAUGAUAGCAGCCAAGUCGUAAAGGAUAUAUUUAUAAAAGAUCUUCAGACAAAUUCUCACUAUUUAAAUCUUUCAGCCUCCAAUGUUGCAAUGACUGAACUAAAAACUCAUUGUUGUAUUGAUGAUGUCAUACAUCAUGAAGUAAAGGAAAUUGGAAUACACUUCUUGGUGUGUGCAGUGAGUACAACUCAAAGUGGAGAAAAAAUGUAUUUUAGAAAAUUCUUCAAAUUUCAGGUUCUCAAACCAUUGGAUGUGAAAACCAAAUUUUAUAAUGCAGAGACUAAUGAAGUAUUUCUCAAAGCCCAGAUUCAGAAUAGUACAACCUCAACCAUGUUUAUGGAGAAGGUUUCAUUGGAGCCAUCUAUCAUGUACAGUGUAGCAGAACUAAAUUCUGUCAACCAAGUUGGAGAAUGGGUUUCUACAUUUGGGUCAAGAACCUAUUUUCAGCCAAUGGAUACAUGCCAGUACUUAUACUGCCUAAAGCCCAAGAAGGAGUUUGCAGAAAAUGCAGGUAUCAUUAAGGGAGUAAUAAUCGGAAAAUUAGAUAUAGUAUGGAAAACAAAUCUAGGUGAAAGGGGAAGGUUACAGACCAGUCAACUUCAAAGAAUGGCUCCAGGCUAUGGAAAUGUAAGGUUGUCUUUGGAGGCAAUCCCAGAUACUGUAAACCUAGAAGAACCUUUUCAUAUUACCUGUAAAAUAACAAACUGUCGUGAAAGGACUCUGGAUCUUGUUUUGGAGAUUUGCAAUACCAAUUCCAUCCACUGGUGUGGCAUUUCAGGAAGACAGCUUGGAAAGCUACAUCCAAGUAAUUCUAUCUGCCUUGCACUUACUCUAGUGUCUUCAGUACAGGGACUGCAAAGUACUUCCGGCUUAAGACUGACAGACAUGUUCUUAAAGAGAACACAUCAACAUGAUGACAUUGCACAAGUCUGUGUGGUAUCUUCAGCCUUUAAAGUGGAAAGCUGA